AUGACUUCUAAUCUUCCUCCUACAAACUCAAAUGGUCUCGAGGAUCUUACAAUCGACAAAUAUUCUACAGAAGUACCAUCCCUUCAGCCUCAGACCAAUCAAUCAGGAGAUACCCUGAUAUCCCACGUUACUCCACAUACAAUACCUGGAGCCGUUACGAAGCAAGGUCCCACCAUUGAAGAUCUUCCCAAUGAACUUCUAGUCAAUAUCUUCAGUCAUUUGGAUAUAGAGCCUCCAUCGUAUUCCCAUACGACACUUCAUGAUGAGCCAACCUUGGAAGUUACAAGCUCCGAGAUCCAAGACCUCAAGAAUUGUUCUCUAAUUUCGAAUCGAUGGAGACAAGCUACCUUACGAUUACUAUUCAAGCAUACACGAUAUAUCUUGAAAUAUUCAGAAGAUGAUUACAGACCGAUUCUCAAUGAUCUUACAGGACCUUUUCGUCAAUUUAUUCGUAAAGGAUCUUUUGCGGAUAUUGUAUCAAGCUUCACCUUGGUAGUUCGGGAGAAGACGAUAUCAAAUUGCCAUGAUGGCCGACCUCGAUUAUGUGAAUUUGAUGGGUUUUGGAAACGUCUCUUUAACACUAUUGAUCCGUCAACGGUUUUGAUUGCUGCACCUGUCGAGGCUCUUGCUUCUUUGACUUCAUCUACCAUUAAUGACGUGGAUUCAUGGGUUUUCGACAUUGAAUGUCACUAUUUGCGAUUGCAAAGACCCGAUUCCAAAGAAGUAGUCCUUACGGAGAUUGAGGACUUGCCUGAAGAAAGUGGUCCCACCAUAUCUGAUCCUUCACUUCCUGGGACAUCUCUGAAUUCAGACUAUUAUUUUGACGAUCGCUUGCACUAUAUUUGUCCUGCAGGUCGUGUUUCUGCCAAGUCCUCCGGAUUCUUUCAAAUCAGAUCUUGGACAUCCUUACUCUUAAAUGAAGGAUCGAAUUUAAAAGCCUUCAAGACGGAUUUGUGGUGGGAAUUAGAGACUCCAUCUAUAUUAAGAAGUCUUGUCGGAACUCAAUCAGGUACUUUACCCUUGAUUAAUUCUGGCAUUCGUUCCAUGAGAUAUAUUGCUAUAUUUCCAAUAACAGCUCAAUUUGAAUGUCUCGCUCAAGGAUUACCAAGACUGGAUCAUUUGUAUUGUCAACUGGUACCACGAAAUGAUGCUUUAGAAGAUGAAGAAUUAAUGAAGAAGAUUGAUGUGGAGGAUCUUUGGAUGGAGAGAAAUAAUUGUUAUGCUCAAUUAAUGCGAGAAAUGUUCAAUAAUCCACCCGAAGGAAAUUACAGAUAUCUGAAGACUUUCGAGUCAGGAGAUGCUGCAGAUACAGAUGCAUGGCACAUGGCAGUAGAGUUUGUAAAGCGGGCUGGAGGAGGAUGGAAAAUAACAGGUGAUGGAGUAUUUGAAAGAGAUACGGGGAUUGAAGAUAGUUCGUCUAAUGCACCGAACGCUUCGCCAUUUCCGGAUGAAUUGUAUAGAUGGGCAUGGAAUGGCUUGACCAAUGUACCUGUUUCACCGGUACCAUGGUAUCGAUGA